AUGGACGUUAGCAGUCUGCUGGAGAGUGCAAUAUUAAGCGCCGACGCCAGCAAGCGGGCCGCCUCCGAGGCCGAGCUCGCCCAGCUGGCCGAACAGAACUGGGGAACGUACCUUCUGAGCAUGGUUGAAGUUCUAGGCGACGAAACGAAAAGAACAGAGGUGAGGAUCCUUGCUGGGCUUUCGCUGAAAAACCAGCUGGUUUCCAAAGAUUCCAACAAAAGACAGCAGCUUGCGGAGCGGUGGGUGCAACAGGACGGCGAUCUCAAGCAGAAGAUCAAAGACACGGCUCUCCAGACGCUUUUGACGCGUGAGGAACGUGUGGCGAACGCUGCGGCCCAGCUGGUGGCUGCUGUGGCCGACAUCGAGCUACCGCUGGGUUCGUGGAACGAGCUGAUGCACAUCAUAGUGGACAACACGAAGGCAGACAAGCCGGUGAAUGUGAAACGGGCCUCGCUGCUUGCGAUCGGAUAUGUUUGUGAGAGUGCAGAUGCCACUAACCCUGCGGUGGUGGCCCAGGCCAACGGCAUUUUGAUCGCCAUUGUUCAAGGUGCCCAGUCGUCUGAGCCAAGCACAGUGGUUCGGAAAACAGCCAUCAACGCCCUGGUCAACUCGCUGGAGUUUAUUGCCGGCAACUUUGAACGUGAGGGAGAGAGAAACUACAUUAUGCAGGUGGUUUGCGAGGCCACCACCGCUUCUGAUCCAGAACUACAAGCUCUGGCGUUCGGUGCGUUGGCCAAAAUCAUGAGUCUUUACUACCAGUACAUGGGAAUCUACAUGGAGAAGGCACUCUAUGGACUAACGGUAUCUGGGAUGCAGAGCUCGGACGACCGCGUUGCAUGCAUGGCUGUGGAGUUUUGGAGUACGGUUUGCGAAGAAGAGUUGGAAAUCGCCAUUCAGCUCGAGGAAUAUAAAGACCAGCCGCCUCCAGACUUGGUGUCGUACAACUUUGCGCUCGUGGCAAUCACAGACGUUUUGCCAACAUUGUUGAGUCUUUUGGUGCGUCAGAACGAGGACCCGGAGGAUGACGACUGGUCAGUUGCGAUGGCUGCAGGCGCAUGUUUGCAACUGUUUGCCCAAAACACAACGAAUUACGUGGUGCAGCCUGUUUUGCAGUUUGUGGAGUCCAACUUGAACCAGCCAAACUGGAGAAACAAAGAAGCCGCAGUGAUGGCCUUUGGAUCGAUUCUCGACGGCCCAGACCGCUCGGAACUGACUGUGCUGAUUGGCCAGGCGUUGCGUCCAAUUCUGGCCCUAAUGAAAGACGAGUCGCUGCAAGUGAAAGAGACAGUUGCCUGGUGCGUGGGAAGAAUAGCAGAUAUGGUGGUGGAAGCUAUUGACGUGAACACCAUGUUGCCCGAAGUCAUCCAGGCUCUGGUUGCCGGAUUACAGGAUCACGCCAAAGUCAGCACCAACUGCUGUUGGACUUUAAUCAACCUGGUGGAACAGCUCAGCGUGGAUGCCAGAGAAUCUAACUCCAGCAUAAUGUCUCAAUACUACCCUGUCGUUGUUCCUGUUCUUCUUCAAAACACAUCGAAACCAGAUAACGAGCACUCUGCCAGAACCUCUGCGUACGAGGCGCUGUCGACGCUCGUGUUAUACAGCAGUGCCAGCGACAUGCCGAUGGUGAACCAGAUUGCGUCGGACUCACUGGAGAAGCUUGACCAAACGAUCCAGCUUCAACUGCAGGGCGCGCAGGCUUACGGCGAGGAAAAGGCCGUUUUGCAAGAGCUCCAAUCUAAUAUUCUUUCUCUGUUGACCAACGUGGUGCGGAGAAUCGGCGGCGAGAUUGCUGCUGUGUCUGACCAGCUGAUGGAGAAGUUCUUGCGGCUGUUGCAGAUCCAGGAACCAAACUCCAUCAUCGAAGAAGACAUUUUCAUUGCCAUCUCAUCCAUUGCUUCUGCCAUUGGCAUCCAGUUCGAGAAGUACAUGCCAUCUUUCCUUGCCUUUUUGACCAAAGCAUUGGAGAACAUUGACUCUCCAGUCUGUGACGCUGCCAUUGGUCUUGUGGUGGACAUUUCUCAUUCUCUGGGAAAUGCGUUUAUUCCGUACUGUCAAGGGUUCAUGGCCAUUCUGGGUAACACUUUGUCGAGCCAGAACGUUCGCCGGGAGCUGCGUCCGCUGAUUCUGUCCUGUUUUGGAGACAUUGCUUCUUCGAUCGGACCGGAGUUCAUUCAAUAUUUGCAAGUGGUGAUGAACAUUUGCAGUACCGCACAGCAACUGGAGCCCGAGGACCUUUCAUUGGAGACCGAGGAUUACAUCCUGAGUGUCAAAGAAGCCGUCUUGGACACCUACGUUGGAAUAGUGGCUGGGCUGCACGAGUAUCCCGAUGCUUUGCAACCAUACACGUUGCAGAUCGCCUCUUUUCUGAUGCAAGUGUACCACAACCAGGCCAUGUGUUCCAGCGAGAGCGUGUGCCGGUCUGUGGUGGGAAUGAUUGGAGAUCUGGCGCAGAUCUUCAGCGACGGCAGACUGAGAGAGUUAUACCAACAGGAAUGGGUUGCGGAUUUCAUCAAAAAGACAAGAACAAACCAACGGUUUUCGCAGAGCACCAGAGACACGGCGCGGUGGGCCAGAGAACAGCAGAAGCUACAGUUACAGUAA